ACUCUUCAUGCAUCUCCUCCAUCUCGAGAACCUCUCGGAUUAACGACGAUCAGCUUCAACACGUAGCAACAUGGCUGCGAACACCAGAUACGAGGCAGCUCCCCAGCGGGACUCCUUCGAGGACGACCACUACACCCAGCCGCCGCCGUCUUAUCAGGCAACCGACAUUGGCCAUGAGCCGGCCCCGCGCAGCGAGGAUGAUAAUGUUCCGGAUGAUUUUAAGUUUGGGGGGAUGGUUGCGGAGGGCACCCUGCCCGUUCGGAUGCAGUUCGUGCGGAAGGUUUAUGCGAUUCUAACAAUGCAACUCCUCCUCACAACCUUCAUGAGCUCCAUCUCCUUCUUCAGCGACACCUACCGGUCCUGGAUCCAGUCCAACUUCUGGCUCAUGAUCGUCUCCGUCUUCGGCGCCCUCGGCAUGAUGCUCGUCACCUACUGGAAGCGCAAAAGCUACCCGGCGAACCUGCUCUUCCUCUCCGGCUUCACCAUCCUCGAAGCCUACUCCAUCAGCGUGGCGGUGUCCUUCUACGACGCGCGCAUCGUCGUGCAGGCGCUCGUCCUCACGCUCGGCAUGUUCGUCGCGCUGACGCUCUUCGCGUGCCAGACGCGCUACGACUUUACCAACUGGAUGCCUUAUCUGUUUGGGGCGCUGUGGUUCGCGAUCCUGUUUGGAUUCGUGGCCAUGUUUUUCCCCGCUAGUGGAACUGUGCAGCUGGUUUAUAGUGGGCUGAUUGCGAUUAUCUUCUGCGGUUAUAUCCUUGUUGAUACGCAGAUGAUUAUGCGCCAUUAUCAUGUUGAGGAGGAAAUUGCUGCUUCGAUCGCGCUUUACCUGGAUAUCCUCAAUUUGUUUUUGGCUAUUUUGAGGAUUCUGAAUAACCAGAGCAAUAACUAGUUUGCCACCAUCGCCAGCAGAACCAGUCUGGACUUUUACCCCAUCCAUCCAUCAUCCCCAGAUUGCGAUUGAUUGAUUGAUUACUUCUACCUUAUUCUAUGGGAUCUGUAUGAGUUUGUUUCUAUCGAUUUGCUCAUUCUACUAUCAACUCAACUAAAAAACUAAUCCUCCUCUCCUCUGUUCUGUUCGCUGACCCUUUUCUUCACAAGCACUUACCCAUGUACUUCCUUUUUUUGUCUCAUUCCAUAGGAUGAAUCCACUCCGUAACUUCUUAGCUUGUUGCCUGUUCCUGCAGGUCUAAUGCCAUUUAUCAUUUCCAUGG